UUGGAACUUUUAAAAUAUUUUAGAAACAAAAAUAUUCUAAUGGCCCUAAUGUUCAUAAUAUGACAAAACUUCAAUUUGAAAGAAAGAUUAUUUUUUAGCCAAAUCUGGAGGCAUGCUGCUUUAAAAUUGUUACAAAAACUAACAUUACACGUCAGAAUAUAAAAAUGGGGUGAAACGUCUUUUCCAAAAAAAAAAAAAAAAAAAAAUAAUAAUAAUAAUAAUAAAAAUAAAAUAAAUAAAUAAAAAAAAGAAAUUUUAGGGUGAGAUAAUCCGGUGAAUUGUUAUGGGGUGAAAUGCCAUUCCGUCUCGGUCACGGGUUUUAGCCCUCGUCUUCACAAAACAACAACAACAACAACAAAUCACGGGAACUUUUGGCCCGAAAUGAUCAUUUGUUUUCACUUGCUAUACGUAUUCCUUAGAGAUAGUGCUUCAUUAAAGAAGAAGGUGUGCAUAGACAAAUCAGUGCAAGCGUCGGAAAGGCAUUUCCUCAGAAUCGAAACUGUAUUGAAUGCUGUAAACAAGCAUAAAAGAAAAGACAGGCAGCGUGACAGAGGUCAACAUACACGGAGAAUCAUGUACGAGGACCUCUACUCUGAUUCAGACUCCGACACUGAUGGUUUUGUGCUUUCAUCAGCUGUCAAUCCGGGCAUGGCAUAUGAUCAUGAAGCAAGCCAGUUUGUUCCAGAACCUGUUGCUGUUCAGAAAACAGAGGCAGAGAGAACAACAGGUGCUCAAAAGAAUGCUGUUCCAACUAAUGUGAGACAGGGUUUUGAGAAACAAUCACUGAGUCAUCACCUUGCAGCACAGGCAACGCAGUAUAAACCUGCUGGCAGAGGUUUUGGUAGAGGUCUUGCACCUGGUAAACUUCAGCAGGAAAUUGGUGCUGGCAAGGUUAAAGCAACAUCAGAAACUCCACAAUCAUUUAGUACUCAUGGUAAUGUUAAUAAAGGACCUGCUUCAUCUUACAAGUCUGGCUCAUAUGGUAGAGGCAGGGCUAGAAAAAUUCAGGCACCUAAUACUCAGGGAAAUAAAAGUCCUGGACAAAGUGGUAAUAAACAGUCUGAUAUGAAUAGAUUAAAUGAAAAUGAUGAAGUUUGCAAACCUCCACAAGGUAUUGGAGGCAGUUUUGAUAAAUUAUUACCUGAAUCUAGUGGUGCUCAGACAGAUGAGGGACCAGGUUGGGAAGAAGAAACUGUAUCAAGCACAGAACAGUAUGUUGUCAAGCCGAAAACUUACGUUCCUAAACAGUUUAAAUCAGAGACUGUCAACUUUCAAGAUGUAUGUGCAGCAAAUCCUGAUAUAUCAGCAAAGUGGUUGGCUCAGAAACUGGCACAAAAGCCGGUACAACAAAGUGAAGCAGAAAUGCAGCAAAUUAUUACACAUUUAGAACAGAUGUGGACAGAUGAUACCAGAAAGGACAAGUCAAAUAGGGAUAUUGCGCAAUACUUGUCUAAUGUGUUCUCCAAGUCAGUUAAUCCAUUUGCUUUAGUGGUGUUUUUAAUAGACAAAGCUAAGGACACCCAUACUGCUAAAACUACAACAUUGUCCUUUCUGAUUAUGAAAGAGUUUGAUAAAUGGUGUAAAAUGAAUAGAAAUAGACUGGAUAUUGAAAAGCUGAUCUCCAAAGACAUUCAGAUGCAAAUUUAUGAUAUUUGUACUAGAAAUCACUUGACAAUGUUUGAUAUGGCAGUAAGAUGUUUUCACCUUUGUUACCAAGGUAACGAUCAUUUUCUUCCAAAGAUUCGUGAUUUCGUAAGCAAUAAGAAAUUCAAGGAGGCAGCACAAUGUACGGGCAAGCUCGGGCUUCAGCACCAUUUUGAUAUGAGUGAAAUAGUGCUGCCAUUGAUACUACAGGAUAAAAUUAACUUGCUUGAGACUUAUGUCUGCGGGUUUCCUGAGCAUCAAGAGACACUUGUCCAGUAUCUGGACCAUCUAUGUGAUAAGGAAACAGACUUGGAGCUUGUGCAGAAUUCUAUACCAAAGGUGACGGGCGUGAAGAGAGAAAAGUUUCAGAAGAAACCGCUCAGUAAACUGGCAGUGAGACUGCUGAAGCUUUAUAAAAUACCUCAAGAGAAGUGCCCAAAUAUUUCCAAUGCAAGGUUAGUCGGUGCUCUCAGGUAUCUGCUGCACAAACGCUAUAUAGAGAAAGGUAUGGGAGCUGGCAGCUGGGAGGAGAUGGUACGCGGAGCUGUUGGGGAUAAUGACUACAUGAAGGAACAACUGAUUGAGCAACUUGCUCUUUACAACGAAGUUAUGGAGGCAGCUAAAUGGGCAAAUGUGUAUAAACUAGAUGACUCUGUGAUACCCGAGACUGUGAGAAAUGCCAGGGAAGAUUUACUCAGAAAUGAAGAGAACUCUGUACAGGGGCAAGCAUCUACCCCACAAGAUUCAGCAUUCGGUGAUGGAGAGGAGGACUGGGAGAGUUCGUGCUUCACAGAAGAAGAGAUCAACAUUUCUUAUUACCAGCUGAAACUGCCAUUAGAGAGUGUAGAGAUAGUAGACACAGUGGAUAAAUACAAAUAUUGUAUGGCCUGUAUCACACAACCAGGAAGUAUUGUCGGUAUUGAUUCAGAGUGGAGGCCUGCCUUCUGUGGACAGAUUCAAAAGGUAGCGUUGUUACAGCUGGCUGUGAAGGACAGGGCAUUUCUGCUGGAUAUCUUAGCUCUAGACAAGCUCUUUACUGACAAUAUGUGGCAAGCUUUUGUUGAAGCAUUCUUUGGUUCUGAUGAUGUGCUUAAAUUAGGUUAUGGAAUAGAAUCAGAUUUGAAGAUGAUUCUAAGAACAUUUCCUUGUAUGAAAGAUGGUAUGGUUAAAAUGAAGAGAGUAGUUAAUGUAGAACUCCUGGCGAAAAAGUUUGUGUUGAGUGAUAUUACACCAGUAUUUGAUGAAAAUGAUGAUAAUGAUAAAGUUUGCAGACAGCAAGACACGGCUGAUAAUGACAACAAUGAACUGUCAGGAUUCAGUGCAUCAGAAGAAAAAGGUUUGAGUGAGGUGGUUAGGAAAUGUUUUGGUAAACCAUUAAACAAGUCGGAACAGAUGUCAGACUGGGAAAGAAGACCUCUGCGUGUGGAGCAAAUUAGAUAUGCAGCUUUAGAUGCGUUUGUACUGCUGGAAUUGUAUGAUUUACUGCUGAAGUUGGCACGGCAACAGAAUUCAGAUAUUGACAUGGAGCCUAUGAUCUCAAUGAAAUGGUUGAAACCAAGCAAAAAUGAGAAACGUAGAGCGAAGCAGAGGGGUGAACAUAAACAGAAAGCUCAUAAGAAACUGCCUUCAAGACAGAAUCCAAUAGAAGGUGAGCCAGGAUCUCCAAAGUCACUUCGGGUGGUUGUAGACACGAUGUUACAAGGACUGGGGAAGCAGUUGAGAAGUUGUGGUGUAGAUGUAUUCAUUACAGAGCCUUAUGCUGACCAUGAUAGAGCUGUACAGAUAUCCAGGAAGGAAAACAGGAUUGUACUAACAAGUGGAAUGCCUUAUGAUAUGAUAGUGGGUCAGGUUGGUUAUGACAUGUGUUACAAUGUGAUGUGUGAUACAGCUAGGGACCAGGUUGUCGAAGUUCUCAACCAUUUCAACAUCAGAGUACAACAGCAAGAUACCUUUAGCAGGUGUCAGGUCUGUAAUGGAGAUGUGUACUUGACGAUUCCCUCCAAGGAUAUGGAGCUGCUAUCUCAGCAGAAAAUUCACUUGAUUUAUAGUCAGUCCACUGCAAGUCCUGGCCAGCCGUUACACGAAAAUGCCCCGCUACCAGAACUUGUGACUAAUUUGCCUAGUAAGUCAGAGAUGGAAGCAAAGUUUACUGAAUAUGGAAUAGACUGGUUAUCUGCCACAGUGCUUGGAAAUGGUGCUGCAGUACAAACCGAAACUGUGCCACAGUCUAUUUAUAGUAAAGUGAACACAUUUUAUUGUUGUGCAACAUGCGGAAAAGUAUUCUGGGAAGGGACACAUUUUGAACGUGUUUGUGAACAGUUCUCUCAUGUUCUAGGAAUGCAGUCCAGUGGUCCAACAGUUUAUGAGAUGUUAAAUGAGAAUUUUACUUGAUGGAUGAAAGGAAGUUCUUAGAGGUAGACCGUGAAUGCUUAGUGUUUGAUCUUAACUUUUUUGAUUACUUUUGAAUUUAUUGUCAAAAAAAUAUUUUUAUUAAAAAAUCUUCUCAUUUUGGACAUCAGAAAGUCCAAAAAUUUCAAGUUUUACUUUAUUUUAUGACAGGUUAUUGUAAAAUUUUCAUGAUUUCUUUAACAUUUCCUUUAAAAAUUCUGUAAAAGUUUGGGGGAAAAGCAUUUUCUGUUCUUCAAGGGUUUGACUUUGAAAAAAUU